AUGACAUCCACUGGCAAUGGCGGCGGCAACAGGACCGCUGGGACCCUUCCGUCUCCACUGCAGACGGAGAUCAGUGCGCCUGUCACGUCGGUGCCAGACAUGCAUGGCACACCUAAGCCCUUUUUACUCGACUCGAUGCACUCUGCCGACUCCUCUCUCUCCUCGCAGGGCGCUCUCUCCGCGCCCAACAAGACGGGUGGGAUGUUGGUGAGUCCGUCUUACUCCGAGGUCCGCGGUAGAACGGCUGCGGAGUCCUCUGCUCCUGGACCGCGCGCGUCGAUGAACACAGACCAGCACAGCAAGCCGAGCGUGAAUAGCAUGAAGGCCUCCACUGCAGCAGACGGCAGCGACUCUCCAUCCAAGUCCCGCUCUGGUUGCGGCCGCCGCGGUCAACGACGAGAUAAUUCGAACUGGUUCGACGCAGAGAAGCCUGCAAACGUGUAUCGCCCUGCUGACACAGAGUUGAACCAAAACGUUCAGGUCGUCUAUGACGGCAUCGACGACCUGGAGCAGAUUCGUCAUGAGCAGGCGGAGCGCGCACAGCGGCAGAAGGAACAUCUAGCGCAGCACAUCGCUGAUUUACCGACGGGAUACCAGGCGACGCUGCCGCGCCUCAACGAACUCGACGCCACAAACAGCUGGGACAAACUGCUGCGAAUGAUGCGCAGCGAGUAUGACCUAUCGUGUCUCACAAGCUGCCUGGCACGGGAGCUGGACGAGGACGUCACGUGGAACCCAGAAAUGCUGCUGGUGCAGCUCACCUCCGACAUGCUGGACGCGGCUGAGUUGCAGAAGGAUAGCGGAGAGGCGUACGUACCGGUGGAUGCCAGCGACAUCGGCCAGAUGACCGGCGGCGAGGCGUCGCGCAAGCGCAACGAGAAGGGCUUGAUGACUACGGCUCCGAUGACCUCGUUGCCAAUGCCUGGGGGCGCAGCACCAGCGGUGGGCACCACCGGAGGAGCUGCACGCGAGUCAGAGAAGAAGCGCCACGAAAAGGCUGCGGCUGCUUCGCCGCCUCCGUCAUUCCAGACUACUAUGUCGAAGACGCUGGGCAAGCACCCCACCGCUGCACCGGCUGCCGCGGUAUUGAAGAGCAAAAAUGCAGGCAACGGGGACAACGACGGUGCCACAGUGCCCACCAACUCCCCGUCGAGCUGCAACCGAUCCGCCGCUGCCUCCAGACCUGGAGAGGCCGGUGGAGACGGCGGCAGCAACACCAAUGUCUCGUCGGCGGUGGUGAGGCGCGAGGCAAGGAGAGACAAGAGUAAUAGGAAUGCUGCUGUCAAGCCCCAGGGAGCGAAGCUCUUCCCGAAGUAG